AUGGCUCAGUCAGCCGUCAGCAACACCAUUCACGAGGUGACGGAGGCCAUCAUUACCGUGUCUGCCCGGAGAAGGCUGGUUGACUUUUCCUUCGCACCGGCUGCCAAGGAUGAGGCAAAGGCGGCGUUUGCGCGACGCGGCGACAUCCCAGGCGUGCUGGCGUGUGUCGACGGUACGUUGGUCGCCAUCCGCAAGCCAGAGGGACUCAACUAUGCCGACACGGCGAGCUUCAUGUCAAGGAAAGGAUACUACGCCCUAAACGUCAUGCUCGUGUGCAACGCAGACCUUCGCAUCCUUGUUGUGGAUGCACGGUUCCCUGGGUCGUGCCACGACUCAUGGGUGUGGACACAUAGCCUAGCCGCACAGCUGCAGCCUGGCGAGUAUCUGCUUGUGCCUGACAAUCCCGCUGGCCACACCUCCGAAGGCCAGUACAACAAGCAGCACGCAUCCAUGCGCAAUGUUGUGGAGAGAUGUAUCGGGGUGUUGAAGAGCAAGUUCCGCUGCUUGCGGCACUUUCGGACAAUGCUCUACAACCCCGAUCGAGCAGCGCGAAUCGUUUAUGCAUGCGUUGCUCUCCACAACAUUGCCUUGGACGCGGGCGACUGGACAUUGGACGAGUAUAGUUGGGACGUUCAACUAGCCGGGGCGUACAGGGCGCUGCAGCACUGA